AUGACCACGGAGUUCAAUGAGGCUGAGGGGAACGAGAGCCAGAUUGUUGUGAACGCAAUCAGUCAAUUGCUUUUAGGGUUAUUGGUGUUACCGAAGCUAAGGCAAUCGGCUACGCAGUACAAUGUCUCCAAGCUAGUCGAGCUCCUUUUCGUCCGUGAGCUCGCCACCCGAACGUCUGCGUCAAGCAAGCCGGGGAACGUUAUCGUCAACAUCGUCAACCCAGGCUGGGUGAUAACCAAUAUGACCAACGGCGGCGAAAGAAGAAAAAGUUUUAUGGGCUCAUUAGCCACCAAGUUACUCGCACGCAAGACCGAGGUUAGCAGCCGCACCGUCGUCCACGGCGCUCACGGUGGUCUCGAGACGCACGGGCAGUACCUGUCGGACUGCAAGAUCGGAACAGUUUCCGCUUUUGUCUCCAGUGACGAGGGCGCCGAGGUGCAGACAAAGCUAUGGCUUGAGCUCUCAGACAUCCUGGAUAAGGUCGAGCCUGGCGUGAUGGAUAUCUUAUAA